UACAAUAAAUAAGACCAAAAAACGAAAACAAAAUUCCGACAUGAACCUUUUCUCGUUCAAAUCCUCUCAACCCCUAACCUCGUUCCUUAUCAUCAUCUUCGCACUUCUUCCUCUGAUUAUCAUCGCCAUGUCGGAUUCCGUCAAUUCCGAUUCUUCGUCUUCUUCUGCUCCCGCGGUUCACAUCAUCUACACGGAAAAGCCCCAGGAAGAGGAGCCUGAGGCUUACCACAUCCGAACCCUCACUGCGGUUUUUGGCAGUGAGGAGGCUGCAAAGGAUGCCUUGUUGUAUAGCUACAAGAAUGCAGCUUCUGGCUUUUCUGCUAAGCUUACUCCUGAUCAGGUUGCUCAAAUUUCGAAGCAACCAGGUGUUCUUCAAGUUGUUCCAAGCCAGACAUAUCAGCUCCAUUCAGGACCAAAUAAGUUGCACUAGAGAAUCUAUCUUCAUUUGAAGGCGAAUGUGGGUCUAAACUGUUAUAACUAUAUAUCUUGUGUAAACUCACCCAAAAAUAUUAUCUACGCCAUGUAUUAACAAGUUUGCCUCAGACUGCGCAUAUAUCAAUAAAAAAACAUGGGUUUAUAAUA